UAAGUAUCGCAGCCUUUUCGCAGACCAAAUUUCUUUUUUCCUUCUUCCGACUCGCGCCUAACUAAGUAUCCAGAAUGUCGUCGGCGGUACGGCUGGGGCCGAAGGACGACGAAUGGGUAUAUGAUAGAAACGCCAAGUCUUACGAUCUCACUCGCGGCGCUUCGUCGCCGGCCCGGUUUAGCAUUCGUACCACGCAUGGCCCCGAGGACACGUCGAUCACGAUAGCAACAGGCCUUAGUGCUCUGGUCGUGGUCGACAUGCAGAACUUCUUUCUUCAUCCAAGAUGCACCGACCAUGUCACGGGGCUGGCGGCCGUGGAGCGCACGCUUCGGCUUGUCGAAAAGUGUCGCGAGAUCGGCAUCAAGAUUAUCUGGUUGAACUGGGGACUAAACGAUGACGACCUCGCCACCAUGCCCGCAGCUGCCGCGCGCGGCUUCGCCAGGAGCCUUAUCACACCGCCCCUGGACACCACUACUAGCAAGCAGGCCCGAUUCGGCUUCGGCUCGGACAUGGGCGAGGGCAGAGGCCGCCUGCUGAUGGCGGGCUCGUGGAACGCGGCCCUGUACGCUCCGCUGCAAGAAGCGAGCCGACCGGACGCGGACGUCUUCUGCAACAAGGAUCGCAUAUCGGGCCUCUGGCACGGCGAGACGCCGCUCGCCAAGGCCCUUGAGGCGGGCGGGUUCCGCACGCUCCUCUUCGCGGGCGUCAACACCGACCAGUGCGUCCUGGGGACGUUGGCGGAUGCGUAUUUCCGCGGUUGGGACUGUGUUAUGGUCGAGGACUGCUGUGCCACUACGACGCCGGGGGGCCAGGAAACUACGGUUUACAAUACUUCUAAGGUAUACGGAUUUGUAGUCAAUAGUAAAAGUGUUACUGAGGGCGUACUGAAUCCCGAAUCUCGUGGAUGAGUUCUGAACUCAUGCCUACCUACUACCUAGGGUUCAUGCAGAAUGACGUGUGGUUUUUGGUGUUUAGUCUGACUGAAUUAUACCCAUCUUAAUAAAAGGGUUAGACGAGUUCUGUAUGAUGUAAGGGUGAUUACUAGGCAGUUUCUACGGCUGGGUUGAUUCCAGGUUUACAUCCCCUUUAUUAUAUCAGCCUACAUACCUACCUUCAACUGCAUCACCCCAAAUAGAGCUACGGCUUUUGUGAUUCC